ACAAUUUACAUUUCCAAUUACAAUUCCAAAUCACGAAAAAAACGACCAGAUCGGAGAAAUCUAUUGUGAGUAACACCACGCUGAGAUCACCAAACAGUUACCAUUAUCUUUUUAUUGGUAAGCUUUGCUUUAGGACACUGUUGUGGCGUUUGACCUGGGGUCAGCCAUUGCUUUUUUCGCUUACGGUUAUCGUAAAGAAUCCACUUUUCAUCACAGUCAAAAUUCGAUCCAAUAUUGUUUAAUUUCUGUAUCGAUUCAACAAGGCAACACAAGUUUCAACACGCGUUUCUUUCUGCAGAUCAGUCAAAUGAUGAGGCACCCAUUUUUUCGAUUUUUUGUAUUUUAUUGAUUUGACGCAAAUGAGUCAGUAUUGUUGAUAAGUUAAUGUUAAACCAUGCCGCCAAUUCCUGGGUAGUUUGGCUCGGAUCGGCUUCUAUCAUCUUUUUCAAUUCAUUAUUAUUCACAUGUGUGGGAGUUCUUCCACGUGGUUCGUUCUUCAAUUCAAAAUUUCCAUCACGAAAGCGUUUAAACCAAAAUCGCACGGUGCGUUCAUUAGCAGUCCCAUCUCCAAACGCAACAUUGAUAUUGCGAGUCUCGCGUCGGAACUCGUAUUCAAAAAUUACUCGAAUUUUCGAAGUGUGUAUCCAUCUUUCUUGUCUAAGCUGAAUAAAAAAAACAACUGAAAGUCGAUAAUCGAAUGUUGCACAUUUUUUAAAAGUUUAAAAGAAGAACCUCAUACUCGUAGGUAGGUACCAUUUAAAAAAGUUUCACUCAAAAAUCUCAAACCAUGAAGGUUCUAUGUCAAUUCGAAGUACCUAUUACAAUAUAACGGCAAUACUGUAACUUCUAUUACUAUAAUAUUAAAUAUUAAUUGGGUUAGGCACAUAUCUAUGAGUCAUCCACAGACACGGGUCAACUGCUAUCAGGUGGAGAGUCGGUUGCCUAGCAACGACUGUGACGGUUGUGAUAUUCUCUUUGGAAACAACCAUGGCAACCACGUUGUUUGCGUGUAAAGUUUGAUCUGGUCCUGAGCUGUCCCCGACGGGCACGAGGCGCAGGUAUACGGUGCUGCUGCUCACCCGCUAGCGGUCGGCAGGACUCAGUCGGCGUUGUAUUCAAUAUCUUUGAUCACCAUCAGUGACAAGUAUAUCAAUAGAGCAAAUUGUAUCCCGCAUCACAUUGUUCCAGAGACGGUGAGAAGGGACGACAUGCAAGGAGGGGAUGCAGGGGAUGCGGAGCGCAGGAGGCGCGGUACCGGGAUCGCCAGAGCAGCCUCCAACUACUACCCUGAAGGUGAAGGGGAGGGAGGAUGCAGCGAGUUCCCGCCGCUGAUGCAGGCUCGAUCGUGGACCCGCGGCGUGCCCUACAAGGAGAGCUCUCGGCACACUAAACCUGUUGACUCCAUCGGUAACAGCUACUCGGCGGGGGCGCGGGGGCUGCGCGCGGCGAGCAUGCCGCCCCGGCGACGGGAGCCGCCCGCGCUGUACGGGCCGCUCGGACCCGGCGGAGAGCUGCAGUUCCCGCCGCUCAAACCUUGGCCCGAGAGGGAGAGGGAACGCCUACAAGCCAUCGAAAGGGAAAAGAAAAAACAUAAACUACCGAAAGGACACGUCCUCCUCGAAGAUCUGGUGUCUGGCGCAUACGAAAGGAAGAAGGCUGCAGCUGCGGAAGCGAAGAGAAGAAGAAUAGAAAUGAGAAAAAAAGAAAAAGAGGAAGCUGAGAAAGCUGCUCGGGAGGCGCUGCAAAAGCGCCUGGCCCGGCUGCAGCUCGAGCCGCCGCGGGACCCCGACCAACAGAAGGACGAGAUGCUGAGAGUUACGGAAGAGGAGCAAUAUAGACCCCUGCAUCCCGAUCACUUGAAACGAAUUCAGUAUUAUUUAAAUGUAUCCCUGUCCGGGCGACACAUCCCGGAGUUCCCUCGCGAGCUGUACACCCGCGCCAGACGAAGAGUCGACGAACAAACCGCUGCCAUCAAGAGACGACUCCUCUCCCUGACGUACCAGGCGUGUGUGCGGCAGACUGAGGCUGAAAUUAACGAGUUUUUUGUAAUGGCAAUGAAGAGAUGUCUCCUGUCGUACAUACUGGAGGAGCCGGGAGAGCGCGAGCGGCUCGGCAUCGCGUUCCUGCCGCCGCUGUGGCCGGCGCUGGUGGUGCGCGCGCCCGUGCCCUGGCACUGCGCUCUCGUGCGAGCCAAGCACGCCAUGGCCUACCGCUUCUACGAGGGGAACCCCAUCGUCAUUGAACUCAAGAGGAUAUGGAAUGAAAAGUACCAGAACAUGUUGAUCUGCAAUAUGAAGGAUAUGCAGACAGACGCACCCUUCCCCCAAUAUCCUGCGGAGCUGACGGAGCGGCUCAACAAGCUGUGCGCGGAGACCAGAGCCGAGCUGCUCGACAACUGGCUGAUAGACGCGGCCGACACCAUGAUCAAGAUGCGUCGUCACUGGGCCGUCUACGUGCCCAACAAGAAACGAGGAUCGACCUUCCAAGUGGAGCAGUUCUUCAAGUGUAUCCACGGGCUGAUGUCAAAACAGAUCAGGGAUCUAGUCGAGAGGAGCGUCAACCAUUUUGCUGAAUAUUUUUCCUACUAUUUUGAAGGGAACAGUUUCAGCGGCGAGUACCGCGACUACAUGUGCAUCAAGCGUCCUCUCGUCCGGAUCAAGGUCGUAGGUCAUCCGGGCACCACGAACAUCACCUUCGAGCCGACCCUGGAUCAGAUGAGGGUUAUGAUCGUCAAAUGGUUCCACAGUAUCAUCAGCGUGAACCAUCAGCUGCCCAGCCUCGACACCAUCUUGUAUCCAGGCUCCUCGCGUCCGAACCCCUACCUGAUGGCGGUGUACCCGGACGAGAGCUACAUGCAGCAGGUGGUGGGCCGCUCCCUGCACCACUUCGCCGCGAACCGGCCGGGCCCCGUCAGCUUCCUCGCCAGCUACCAGCCCUACCACUACAUCCUCGACGGCCGCGCCGCUCAAGAGUUACAGCAGUUUUUCGCACAAGAGCCACCGCCUUAUUUGAAAGAUUUCUCGGCUCGCAUCUACAUGUACGAGGAGCUCCGCGAUGAGAUCCUGUUCCUGCGCCGUGACAUCCCUCUCAACAUGGUGAUGCUGGACUGCGCCCCCGUCAACGACUGCAUGUGGGACGCCGUGGACGGCCUGCGACGUCACAUCGUUGACCACUUUAUCGCCGUCAACAGAAAAUGGAAUCGAGACAUCUGCAACGUGUACGAGGAGAUGGCAGCGCGCGCGUCGGAGAGCCCGGAGACGACAGCGCAGCUGGUGGAGCUGAUCGGCUACAUCCAGGACUGCCGCGACUGCGCCAUGUUCGACUUGCGCGAGAAGGCACGCACCACGGCUGAAUAUGUGCUGUUCUUGAUGCAGCACGCGCAUCUGCACUUUGAAGAUGUAAAUUUAAACACCCGUGUGUUUCUGUGGCCGCUCGACAUGGACGAGACCAUAGACUUGACGCUUAAAACUCUCAAUACGAAAAAAACCAUGGCCGAAGACAAACUGAGGAGCAGAAAAGCUAUAUUUGAAGAACAACUCAAAAAACAUGAAAAGGAUUUGGAGGUGUUCCGCAGAUUCGACCCUCCGUUGCUCAACGUGGACUUGCUCCGAGAGGUCGUCGGAAAGGUCGACGAGAUAUUCAAUAAUCUAAUGGAAGACAAGCACGAAGCGGACGACAUCAUAAACGAGGAGCAGCUGCUGGAGCAGGACGUGUCGGUGUACUACAGUCUGCAGACGAUGCUGGCGGGCAUCGAACCCUUCCACAAACUCUGGCACACUGCGUACGACUUCUACGAAGGAUACGAGAGAUGGUAUCACGGUCCUUUCCUCGGGCUGGACGCGGAAACGAUAUCGGAGGAUGUGGAAGCUUGGUGGAAGUUACUAUAUAAACUCGGCAAACAGUUGUUUGAAUACCCCGGAGCGAAGAGGAUCGCGGACAUGGUGCGGAACAAGCUCGAGAAGUUCAAAGUAUUGUUGCCUGUCCUCUGCGCAAUCUGCAACAAGGGAAUGCGGGAUCGUCACUGGGCCCGCAUCAGCGAACUAGUGGGGAUAGAGGUGAUCCAUGACCCAGAAACAACAUUGGCUGACAUGGUGGAACAAGGAGUACACGUAUUCGCAACUCAACUCGAGGAAAUAGAACAGUAUGCAUCCAAAGAAUAUGCGCUCGAGAAAGCGCUCACUAAGAUGAAAGAUGAAUGGGUCGGAGUAAAGUUCGAAGUGGUGCCCUACAGGGACACUGGAGUCGGCAUACUAACUGGCUUAGAUGACAUACAACAGCAAUUAGAUGACCACAUCUUGAAAUCGCAAACGAUGCGUGGCUCACCUUAUGUGAAAGCGUUUGAAGCGGACAUGGUGUCCUGGGAAGAGAAGCUCAUCAGCAUGCAAGACAUCCUGGAUCAAUGGUUGCAGUGUCAAGCGACUUGGAUGUAUCUGGAGCCUAUAUUUUCAUCAGAGGAUAUAAUGCGUCAAAUGCCGACCGAGGCUCGCAAUUUCCGCGACGUGGACAAGGAGUGGCGUACCAUAAUGGCGGCCACACAGAAGGAGCCCAUGGUCCUCCCGGCGACAGACUACCCCGCACUGCUGAAAAAGCUGAAGUACAACAACUGCUUAUUAGAGGAUAUUCAGAGAGGUCUCAAUGAUUAUUUGGAAAAGAAGAGAUUGUUCUUCCCGCGAUUUUUCUUCUUGUCCAACGACGAGUUGUUAGAGAUCCUCUCCGAAACCAAAGAUCCGAUGAGGGUACAGCCUCACCUGAAGAAAUGUUUCGAAGGCAUUUACACGUUAGAAUUUAAUGCAGCCAGAGAAAUCAUUGGAAUGGCCUCUGCAGAAGGCGAAGUGGUCAAAUUGUCUUCAACUAUUCAACCGGCGGAUGCUAAGGGCAUGGUGGAGCGCUGGCUGCAGCAGCUGGAGCAUCAGAUGGUCGUGAGCCUCAGAGACGUGGCAGCCGAGGCCAUCGCGGCAUACAGCACGGCGGUGCGCGAGGAGUGGGUGUUGAGCUGGCCCGGACAGAUAGUGCAGUCCGGCUCCUGCGUGCAGUACACCGCCGCGGCUAUUGAAGCGAUACAAGCGAACAGUCUGCCAGAGUUGGUGGAGCUCAGCACUAAGCAGAUCACAGGGCUGGUGUUCUUGGUUCAAGGCGAUCUAGAACCUGGGAACCGCAUCACUGUCGAAGCUCUCAUCGUCAUAGAUGUCCACGGACGUUCGAUAUUAGAAGAGAUGGUCAGUCGGCGCGUCAGCAACACGUCGGACUUCAACUGGAUAUCGCAGCUGCGGUACUAUGCGCGCGGGGACCGCAUGACGUGCGCGAUGAUCACCACGGACGUGGAGUACGGCUUCGAGUACCUCGGCAACACCGGCCGCCUGGUCGCCACGCCGCUCACCGACCGCUGCUUCAGGACCCUCAUGAGUGCCUUGAAAUUGAAUUUAGGCGGUGCUCCUGAAGGUCCAGCGGGCACUGGCAAGACUGAAACCACUAAAGACUUAGCCAAAGCCGUGGCUAAGAAGUGCGUCGUGUUUAAUUGUUCCGACGGACUAGAUUAUAAAGCGCUCGGAAAAUUCUUCAAGGGCUUGGCUCAGUCCGGUGCAUGGGCGUGCUUCGACGAGUUCAACCGCAUCGAACUAGAAGUGUUGUCGGUGGUCGCCCAGCAGAUCCUCUCCAUACAGCUCGCCAUACUGCGCCGCGAGAAACGAUUCAUCUUCGAAGGCACCGAGAUCAGUCUAAACCCCACUUGCUCGGUUUUCAUCACAAUGAACCCUGGAUAUGCCGGACGCACCGAGCUACCAGACAACCUCAAGGUAUUGUUCAGAACGGUCGCUAUGAUGGUGCCCGACUACGCCAUGAUCGGUGAGAUCACUCUUUACUCGAACGGAUUCGUCAACGCCGGACCACUAGCACGUAAGAUAGUGCAGGCAUAUAAAUUGUGCUCGGAGCAGUUGUCCUCGCAGAACCACUACGACUACGGCAUGCGGGCGGUGAAGUCGGUGCUGCUCGCCUCCGGGACGCUCAAGAAGAACUAUCCGGAGCAGGAGGAAGCGCGACUCGUGUUGCGCGCUAUCAUCGACGUCAACAUGCCCAAGUUUCUAUCCCAAGACGUGCCUUUGUUCGCGGGAAUCUAUUCAGAUUUGUUCCCUGGCGUGGAGAUUCCGCAGCCGGACCGAAACGAACUCCUCAGUUGCAUCAACAAAGAACUUGACAAACGGAACCUGCAGCCGACGGACUGGUAUCUGGAGAAAAUUAUACAAAUAUACGAGAUGAUGCUGGUGCGACAUGGAUUCAUGAUCGUGGGCCCUCCCAUGGGCGGCAAGACACAAGCCUACCAGAGCUUGGCCGAUUCCCUUCGCGCGCUCCAACUCAUGAAGCCGCCUCCGAGACACAAGGAAUUUGGUGCAAUCUACCGCAUCAUCAACCCAAAGGCUAUCACCAUGGGACAACUGUACGGCUGCUUCGAUCCUGCAUCGCACGAAUGGUCGGACGGGGUGUUAGCGAUAGCGUUCCGUGAGUACGCGACAUCGUUGACGCGCGACCGCAAGUGGAUCCUGUUCGAUGGUCCGGUGGACGCGGUCUGGAUCGAGAACAUGAACACCGUGCUCGACGACAACAAGAAGCUCUGUCUCAUGAGCGGAGAGAUCAUACAGAUGACAAAUAAAAUGAAUCUGAUAUUCGAGGCGGCGGACCUGGAGUUCGCUUCUCCGGCGACCGUUUCUCGCUGCGGCAUGAUCUACAUGGAACCAGAACAACUAGGAUGGCGCGCCUUCUUGUCAUCUUACAACACGCAACUGAGCAAACGGCUGAUUCCGGAGCAGUUCGAUCUGAUCCAGGAGCUGGUGGAGUGGCUGCUGCCUCCUGUGCUGGACUUCCUCUCGCAGCGCUGUCGACACUUCGUAAACGUGGGAGACAUACACCAAUUCCAUUCAUUCACCCGACUGUUCACCUGUCUACUGGAAGGAGAAGCUCAGUUCAGUACAGUGUGGCUGCAGUGCACCUUCGUGUUCGCGUUGGUCUGGGGACUCUGUGCUACUAUCAACGGAGAAAGUCGGAAGUCAUUCGAUGUCUUCUUCCGAAAACUUCUGGACGGAAACAACGCCGCUUUCCCGAAACCGAAAUCAUUUAAACUGACGAAGAACCAGCUGUUCCAAGACAAAGACACAGUGUUCGACUACGUGUACGACAAGAGAAACAACGGAACGUGGAUACCCUGGAUGGAGCUCGAGAAGGAGCUCCCUCUGUCUCCUACCGCAAAGGUGAAUGAUUUGAUAAUCCUAACAAAUGAGAACGCGUGCUUGCGAUUCUUCGUGUCGAAGAUGGUCAAGUCUAAGAUCCCAAUCUUGCUGGUCGGCCCUACCGGUACUGGGAAGUCCUCUUUGGUUCUCAACUUCCUUUUGUCGCUACCUAAGGAGAAGUAUAUCACGAACACCAUCAACUUCUCCGCUCGAACGACUGCGAACCAGACGCAAGAUAUAAUCAUGUCUAAGGUCGACCGGCGUCGCAAAGGUGUGUUCGGUCCAUCUAUGGGCAAAAAGUGCGUGUUGUUCGUGGACGACCUGAGCAUGCCCCAGAAGGAGCAGUACGGCGCGCAGCCCCCGCUGGAGUUGCUGCGGGAGUGGAUCGACCACGGACACUGGUACGACCUCAAGGAGAUGGUGCGCCAAGAAGUGGUCGAUGUGUUGUUGGUGUCUGCGAUGUUGCCCCCGGGCGGCGGCUCGAACCUGAUCUCAUCUCGUCUGACGCGCCACAUGCUGCUCAUCACGCUCGAUUCUUUCGAAGACAACACGCUCAACAAGAUAUUUGGCACUAUCAUGGACUGGCACCUCUCCAAGGGAUUCGUCGAGUCCCUCAUGAGACAGAGCAAGAGCGUGGUGUCCGCGACGAUGGAGGUGUACAAGGCGGCGACGGUUCAGUUUCUACCGACGCCGAGCAAGUGCCACUACUUGUUCAACUUGCGGGAUUUCGCACGCGUCAUCAAGGGCAUACUGCUGGUUCCUUCCACUCACAUGAAGGACCUCAAUAAACUAGUCGUGCUGUGGAUACACGAGACCUACCGCGUCUUCUACGACCGGCUUGUCGAUGACACUGACAGACAGAAGUUGUUUGAGGUGGUGUACAAGGCGGUGUACGGGCACUACCGCGUGCACAUGGACCAGGUCAUGGCGGAGCUCGGCUACGUGCCCGAGGGAGAGAAGCUCGCCAACAAGCAUGCCGCUAAUAUCUUCUUUGGAAACUACAUGGAGCCCGAUGCCGACCCCAAGAUUUAUGACCAGGUGACUGACUUAGAAGACAUGGCCGUGAAGAUGGAGUACUACCUAGAGGAGUACAACGUGGUGUCAUCGUCUCCGAUGUCGCUGGUGAUGUUCCGUUACGCGCUGGACCACAUCUCGCGCUGCGCCAGGGUGCUGCUGCAGGACAACGGGAACUUGCUCCUGGUCGGCGUGGGCGGCAGCGGCAGAAGCAGCGCCGUUAAGUUAGCCGCCAGUAUCCUGGAGAUGAACGUUAUCCAAAUAGAAAUAUCGAAAGUGUACGGUGUGAGCGAGUGGCGCGACGACGUCCGCAAGCUGCUGAUGAAGGCCGGCCUGCUCGGGCGCCCGCUCGUCUUCCUCUUCGCCGACAACCAGAUAAUGUACGAGGGUAUGGUGGAAGACAUCAACAUGCUGCUCAACACCGGGGACAUCCCCAACCUGUACGGCAUGGACGAGAAGGUCGAGAUCCUGGACAAAAUGCAGGCCGCCGUCAGGGAAGCUGGUAAAAAAAUAGAGACGAGUCCACUGGCAAUGUUCGGAUACUACGUGGAGCGCGUCAAGGCGAACCUGCGCAUCGUGAUGGCCAUGUCGCCCAUCGGAGACUCCUUCCGCAACCGUCUGCGCAUGUUCCCGUCGCUCAUCAACUGCUGCACCAUCGACUGGUUCACGGCGUGGCCCCCGGAGGCGCUGGAGCGCGUGGCGUGCAUGUUCGUGUCGCGCAUGCCGAGCGUGGACGAGGAGGAGCUGCGCGCCGCCUGCGUCACCAUGUGCCAGCUCUUCCACACGAGCGUCGUGCAGCUCAGCGACAGGUUUUACUCUGAACAAAAGCGUAAAGUGUAUGUCACGCCGACGAGCUACUUGGAACUGAUCAAAUCUUUCCAAAAUUUAUACGCUAUGAAGGUCGACCAGAUCAUAAAGUCCCGAACUAGAUACGAGACUGGAUUGGAACAAUUGGACUUCGCAGCCAGCCAAGUCGCAGUGAUGCAGCAAAACCUAAUCAACUUACAACCGCUUUUGGUGGAAACAUCAGACAAGACUGAGAAACUCAUGAUUAAAAUAGAACAGGACACGGUUGUUGUUGAAAAACAAAAAGAGAUUGUAGGGGCAGACGAAGCCCUGGCCAACGAAGCCGCUGCAGCAGCACAGGCCAUCAAGGACGACUGUGAGUCAGAUUUGGCCGAAGCCGUGCCUGCGCUCGAAGCUGCCUUGAACGCUCUCAAUACUCUCAAACCUGCCGACAUCACACUGGUGAAGAGUAUGAAGAACCCGCCUGCCGGAGUCAAACUGGUCAUGGAGGCCGUCUGUGUCAUGAAGGGAAUCAAGGGAGAUAGGAAAAUGGAUGCUAAUGGAAAACCAUACGAAGAUUUCUGGGGUCCAUCACAGAAGAUGCUGGGUGACAUGAAGUUCUUAGAAAGUUUAAAGAAUUACGAUAAAGACAACAUUCCGACAACAGUAAUGAAAAAAAUCAGAGACAAGUACAUACCGGACCGUGAGUUUGAUCCUGCCGUCAUAGCCAAGGUGUCGUCAGCUUGCGAAGGGCUCUGUCGGUGGGUCAGGGCUAUGGACGUUUACGAUCGGGUCAUCAAGGUUGUAGCUCCUAAGAAGGCUGCGCUGGCUGAAGCGGAAGCGGAACUGCAAGCCCAAAUGAACACCUUGAACGACAAAAGAGCCCAACUACAAGGAGUGCUCGACAAGUUGCAGGCAUUGAACGACGAAUUUGCGGAGAUGACACGCAAGAAAAAAGGCUUGGAAGACGAGAUAGAGUUGUGCUCCACAAAGCUGUGUCGCGCCGAGCAGCUCAUCGGCGGCCUGGGCGGCGAGAAGGCGCGCUGGACCGAGCUCGCGCGCCAGUUGCAGGAGUUGCUCUCCAACAUUAUUGGUGAUGUGCUGCUGUCUGCUGGUUUUAUAGCAUACCUUGGUCCGUACAGCGUCAACUAUCGAAGAGAAAUUAUACAAGUUUGGAACGCCAGAGCGAAAGAACUCAACAUCCCGUGUUCGGAUUCGUUUUCUCUGAUAUCGACCCUGGGAGAGCCGGUCGUGAUUCGCGCCUGGAACAUCGCCGGGCUCCCCGUCGACGCCUUCUCCAUCGAGAACGGCAUCAUCGUCGAGAGGUCGCGGCGCUGGCCGCUCAUGAUUGAUCCGCAAGAACAAGCAAGCAAAUGGAUAAAGAACAUGGAGCGCGAAAAUCAGUUGAAAGUGAUUAAGCUGACCGACGCGGGGUACGUGCGCGUGCUGGAGAGCGCCAUCCAGCUGGGCCUGCCCGUCAUCCUGGAGAACGUGCGCGACAAGCUCGACGCCGUGCUGGAGCCAGUGCUGCUGAGGAACGUCUACAGAUCUGGCGGUAUGGAUUGUUUGAAGCUGGGCGACAACGUAUUGGAGUACAACUACGACUUCCGCUUCUACAUCACGACGAGGCUGAGCAACCCCCAUUAUUUGCCCGAAAUUGCUGUCAAAGUGACCCUCUUAAACUUCAUGAUAACUCCGCAAGGACUACAGGAUCAGCUGCUGGGGAUCGUGGUGGCGCAAGAUCGACCCGAACUAGAGCUGAAAAAGAAUCAACUCAUUGUUGAAGGAGCCACGAACAAAAGGACACUCAAAGAAAUCGAAGAUAAGAUAUUAGAGGUGCUGUCGUCGGCGGGCAACAUCCUGGAGGACGAGUCCGCGAACCAGAUCCUGUCGUCGUCGAAGGUGUUGUCGCUGGAGAUCGAAGCGAAGCAGGCGGCGGCCGGCGUCACGGAGCGCGACAUCGACGCGGCGCGGCUGCUGUACGUGCCCGUGUCGCGACACAGCUCCGUGCUCUUCUUCUGCAUCUCCGACCUCGCCAACAUCGACCCCAUGUACCAGUACUCGCUCAACUGGUUCAUAAACCUGUACAACCAAGCGAUAGUCAACUCCCCGAAAUGUGUGAAUCUGGACGAAAGAUUAGAGAGUCUCAACGCGUACUUCACUAGAAGCAUCUACGAGAACGUCUGCCGCAGCCUCUUCGAGAAAGACAAACUCAUAUUCUCGCUUGUGCUCACGCUCGGGAUCCUCAGAGCCAAGGGUGUCAUUGAUGAUGAUUUAGUAGCAUUUCUGCUGACCGGAGGAGUCGCUUUGGAGAAUCCGUAUGAGAAUCCGGCCCCGGCCUGGCUCUCUGAGAAGUGUUGGUCCGAGAUUGUGAGGUGCAGUAAUCUCAACGGGCUGCGUGGUUUUAAGGAAAAUUUUGAAAAUAAGCUGAAAGAAUGGAAGGACUUCUACGACCUCUCAGCUCCACACGAAAGUCCGUUCCCGUCUCCUUAUGACAAGAUUAAAGGGAUCCCUAAACUAAUCAUUUUAAGAUGCAUCCGACCGGACAAGCUGAUCCCGCUGGUGCAGCAGUACGUGACGGAGGAGAUGGGCCGAGAGUACAUCGAGCCGCCGCCCUUCGACCUCGACAAGUCUUACAACGACAGCAACUGCUGCUCGCCGCUCAUCUUCAUUCUGUCCCCCGGCUCGGACCCCAUGUCCGGCCUCGUCAAAUAUGCCACGGAGAAGAAGGUGGUCAGCUUCGAGACUAUUUCACUCGGCCAAGGACAGGGACCGAUAGCAACAAGUAUGAUAAAGUCAGCGCUGACGGUGGGUGGAUGGGUGGUGCUGCAGAACUGUCACGUGAUGGACUCGUGGAUGGGCGAGCUGGAGCGCGUGUGCGCAGAGGUGGUCACGCCGCAGGAUACGCACCCCUCCUUCCGCUGCUGGCUCACCUCCUACCCCAGCAGGGCCUUCCCUGUCACAGUGCUGCAGAACGGUGUAAAAAUGACAAACGAAGCUCCGAAAGGGCUAAAGAACAACAUCUACCGCUCGUACACGUCGGACCCCAUCAGCGAGCCGGAGUUCUACAUCUCGUGCCCGCGCACGGAGGAGUGGCGCCGGCUGCUGUUCGCGCUGUGCUUCUUCCACGGCGUGGUGCAGGAGCGCCGCGCCUUCGGGCCGCUCGGCUGGAACAUCCAGUACGAGUUCAACGAGAGCGACCUGCGCAUCUGCAUCAUGCAGCUCCAGAUGUUCCUCACGGAGUACUCCGAGACUCCCUUGGAGGCGCUGCACUACCUGACGGGCGAGUGCAACUACGGCGGCCGCGUCACGGACGACAAGGACCGGCGCCUCAUACUCUCUCUGCUGACCAUAUUCUACAAUGAAGAGGUCACUUCUAAUCCAGACUAUUCGUUUUCCCCGAGCGGCGAGUACCGCAUGCCGGCGAGCAUGGAGUACGGCGCGGUGCUGGCGCACGUGCGCGCGCUGCCCUCCGCCGCGCGACCGGAGGUGUUCGGGCUGCACGACAACGCGGACAUCACCAAGGACAACAACGAGGCCGCUGCGCUGUUGUUCGGGUGCCUGGUGACGCAGACGUCGGUGGUGUGCGGCGGCGGCGCGGGGGAGGGGCGCGGCACGGCCGACCUCACGCAGGAGCUGCUGGCGCGCCUGCCGCCGCCCUACCACGUGGCCGCCGUGGCCGCCGCCUACCCCGUGCAGUACCUCAACAGCAUGAACACCGUGCUCAAACAGGAGGUGAUCCGGUACAACCGGCUGCUGAGUGUGGUCCGCAGCACGCUGGAAGGCGUCCACCAGGCGGCCUUGGGGCUGGCCAUCUUGUCUGCCGAACUGGAGCUGUGCGACGCCGCCUUCGCGAAGGGCGUGGUGCCCUCCGUGUGGAUGGCCAAGUCCUACCCCUCCAUGAAGCCGCUGGGGUCGUACGUGGCCGACCUGCUGGCCAGAUUAAAAUUUCUCCAAGACUGGAUCGAUGAGGGUCCUCCGGUGGUGUUCUGGCUAUCGGGUUUCUACUUUACGCAGUCAUUUCUGACGGGCGUGCUUCAGAACUACUCACGGCAUAAUAAAAUUCCCAUCGAUCAGGUGCAUUUCGAGUUUACAAUCACUCGAAUAGAGGCCGACGUUGAUGAAGAACCUGUCUAUGGAGUUUAUUGCAAGGGUCUAUUCCUGGAGGGAGCUCGCUGGAACCGAGACACAAUGCAGCUGGACGAGUCGUUUCCAAAAAUACUGUUUGACACAAUCCCAAUAAUUUGGUUUCAACCAGCCCUAAUAUCUAACUUCAAUCCUCCACCCUGUUACUUUUGUCCCAUCUACAAAACUAGCGAGAGGAAGGGAGUGUUGGCCACUACCGGGCACUCUAGCAACUUUGUCAUGUACAUAACACUGCCUUCAGACACACCAGAGAAGCACUGGAUCAACCGUGGAGUUGCUAGUUUGACACAACUUGAUGACUAACUUUAAUUUGGUGAAAAGCAGAUUCAAAAUGUUCAAGGAUCCUAGUAUUUUUAGUAGUUCAGCUAGCCAUUAAUUAUUCUUUGAAUAUAGUUAAUUCUAAUUCA